GGACAACAUCUUCUCUUACACUUUUAGACCGAAAUAAAUAAUUGUAAUAUAUUAUUUGGACGGAAAUCGGAAGAAGACAUUAUUGUUCACCAAAUACGAAUAGAAAUGGAGUUGACAUCGCUUAUGAUAUACAUUGGUAUAUUUAUUACGUUAUUCCUUCUCGCCAUACUGAUUAGUGAUGGCGAUUUAACUCUGAUGUUUGUAGAGAGAUUCGGGAAACGUUUGAGCUCAGUGAAAGGACAAGUCUAUUGGAUUGUCGGAGCUUCAUCUGGAAUUGGCGAAUACUUAGCAUAUGAGCUUGUUGCCAAUGGAGCAAAAGUUGUUUUGUCUGGCAGAAGAGAAAAUGAGCUCCAGAAAGUAAAAGCUCAGUGUUUAAUAAUUGGGAAAAAAUCAGGGAUUUCAGAGGCUGAUGUUUUACUGUUACCUGUGGAUGUUGCCAAGCUAGAACUUCAUCAGCAAUACUUUGAUGCUGUCUUAAAGCAUUUCGGGACACUAGAUGUGUUGGUUAACAAUGCUGGAAGAUCUCAAAGAGCUGAGUGGAUGAAUAUUGAUAUUCGGGUUGACAAAGACAUGUUUGAUGGCAAUGUUUUUGGAUUACUCAAUCUGAGUCGCAUUGUAAUGCCACAUUUCUUGCAAAAGAAAAGAGGUCAAAUUGCUGUCACUUCCUCUGUGUGCGGGAAAGUUGGAGCACCGUGCAGUGCUUCAUAUAAUGCAACGAAGCAUGCGUUACAUGGCUACUUCGAGACAUUACGUGCUGAACUGACAACUCAAGGGAUUUCGGUCACUAUGCUCUGCCCCGGACCGGUUUUCUCAGACCUACUUAGCGCUUGCGCUACCGAUACAUACGGUCAGAAAUUAGGGGGCGCGAUGACUAAGAAAGAUCGCCGAAUGUCUACAGAACGAUGUGCUCGUCUUUGCGCUGUCGCCAUGGUUAACCACUUGGAUGAAGCUUGGAUUUCUAUCAAUCCUGUUCUAUUAUCUUUAUAUGCGUCACAAUAUGCUCCGUCUUUGUUCCGCAGCUUUAAUGGUCGACUCGGGGCGCGAGUUGCUAUGACUCUACGCGACAGCCGAAAUGAUCUCGUCAACAGUUGCAAACAAGAUUCACAACAAGUAAAGUCUGAUUAAGUUCAUUGAACAAUAAACGCUGACUGAAGAGUAGUAAACGAAUAUUUCUAAUGGGUUAUUAAAAAUCACGAGGCAUUCAUUUAACUGUGUUUUGGUUAUUACUUUCGGGUUGUCACUUUCUGAAAUUGUCGCCUUCGCCACAAAAUCUGUGUUGGCGCCCUUUAUCUUCAUGUAAAGAGAUUUAUCAUUUUAAAAUAUAAAGAAUUUAUUCUUAA